AUGGUUGAAUUCUUAGUGGUAGACUGCCCAACCACAUACAACAUCAACCUCGGAAGACUGAUCUUAGAUGAUUUGAGCGCAGUCACAUCAGUGCACUGCCAAGCAAUGAGGUUCUUGACUCCCGGGGGAGUUGCGACAAUUAGAAGUUGCAGAAAAGAAUCUCAAAAAUGUUACAACUGGGCCAUAAAUGUUUCACUAAAAUGGCCGCUCCCAAGGACAAUGGUUAUUACAGAAUCUGAGUCGCAUCCUAGACCUCUCAAGGAUACCAUAAAUCCUCGUAUCCAUAGAGAAGAGCCCGCAGUAGGGCCGACAGAAGAGUUGCGAGAAAUAUGUGUUAGCGAGGAAGAUCCAACUCGCAUACUAAAGGUCGGCAGCAGCCUGAACAAAGGAAUGACUGAUAAUCUAGUGAGUUUUCUGAAGAAAAACCUCGACAUGUUCGCAUGGGUGCAUGUAGAUAUGCUGGGGAUCAGCCCCAAAGUAAUGUGUCAUAGGUUGAACAUCAACCCAAAAGCUUGGUCAAUAAGACAGAAAAGGUCUAUGGAUGCAGAAUGUUCUAAAGCGCAUAAAGAUGAAGUUGACAAACUUCUGAACAUCAACUUCAUCAGAGAAGUGAAGUACCCAGAAUGGCUCGCCAACCUAAUCUUGGUUACGAAGUCAAAUGGCAAGUGGUGGACUUGCAUCGACUUCACAAAUUUGAAUAAAGUCUGUCCCAAAGACAGCUUUUCAUUGCCACAGAUCAACCAGUUAGUAGAUGCGAUGAUUGGAAAUGUACUACUCAACUUCAUGGAUGCAUACUCAGGAUAUAACCAAAUCCCGAUGUAUCAACCCGAUAAAGAGCAUACCUCCUUUAUUACUGACCAUAGGAUUUAUUGUUACAAGAUUAUGUCAUUUGGCCUGAAGAAUGUUAAGGCGACCUACUAG